UGUCAUGCCAAUACAUUCUGGCGUCGGCUUGGCGGGAGGACGUCCACACGGGUGGCUUCCAUCGCUUGAGCGCGCGGCGAACUCUGUGCGUAGUCGGGACAACUGGAUCGCCCUGUGCGUGUCCAUGUCGGUGGGGAGAAGGCGGCGCCCCGCAUGUGCAACGAUCCAGACUCCCACGUGGUGACGAGAUCCCACGGCCACCAUCAAGUCCCGCCCCCAAAUACCACAUCCACUUUUCACCCGCGAUGACUCAGCGCGGAGUGACUGUGCGCAUGAGCGUCCGGUACACCGUUCCCGACCGGUCGUCCAUGUGCGACGUGUUCGACCUGGUCCUGAGCCCGUCGUGGGUUUCGUUUGUGUCGCAAGCGGUGGUGCCGUAUCUGAAACAUUCGACGCCGGCCGAUCGAACCGUGAUGGACGACUUCACGCCCAUCUCUGUCAGUAGCGCAGACGACUGCGUGAUUUGCAUGAGCUCCCUUGGACCACCAACGACUGGGCGGUCGCCUGUUGUUGUGAGGACAGAGCCGUGCGGCCAUUGCUUCCACGCGGCUUGCAUCGCGUCGUGGCUCGAGCGUCGAUCGACAUGUCCGACUUGCCGCCAUCCGUUUCCCAAGCAAAUUCGAGGCAGCUACGCUCUCCGCGCCGUCAGCACAGCCCUUGUCGUUCCCCCCGAUGUCCUGGCUUGGACCGACGCGAUGCACAUGAACCUUGGAGGCAUCGCGAUUCGCACGAUCGUUCACGUCACGCUCGUGGAGGUGCUUCCGUCGAUGACCGGGACCAAGUUUGCGUGCGAGCUCCACGCGGCCUGGAUCGGCGACUAUCCGCCGUCAGCCGUGAAACGACGCCUCCCCGCUCCCACGAAGCAGCAUCUUGGCGCCCUCCACGACCAGUCGGCACCCACACUAAACGCACGCCGGGACGCCGCGGUGAAGCGAAAACGGCGACGCGAACCAACCCCUCCACUGCCGCCGCGCCGUGACGGACGUUGUCCCGACCCUGUGUAAUCACCUAACUAUUCUUGCCUGGCAUCGUCUCCACGACAUCGCUCUCUC